GGUUGCCGUCUGUAUGAAAGGGAAAGGGGGAGGGACGUGGGAGGGGCUGCUGUGGGCGAUAGUGCCGAGUUUAGCACUUUGCAAUAUGAUCCGCGCACACCACGGAGAGGCCGGGCUCUGCGGUCCUGCAUCCUGCCAGCCCACCGCACCACAUGGAGGAGACCGGAUAGAGCCGAACUAACGGGGGGAAUGACAAAGAAAGAAGGUGGACCGUCUUCCUCUGGCUUAUAUGAACCCGCACAGCAUCAGCAGCUCCUGACAAAGCAGAGACAAACACAGACAUGAGGGUGACGGGAAGGGUGACUGCUGGUGCUUAUUGCGGUCUGCGUCAAACAUCCUUCUCUAGAUAAUGCCCUCGGUGCCUCUUUAAAGGACUUUUCUGGGAUUUUUCUGUUAGCUUACAUGUUGCAGGGGUACAUGCCAGUAUCUCGGGGAAAACAUUCAGCAGGGACAGUGAUGUUUAGCCAGUCUCAGUCACUCUCAGCAUCUGCAUUGUAAGAGGAAACUCGUCCUGUGGGAGUGGGAUUGUGAAGGAAUAUGCAGAGAUAGGAGGAAGAGUUUGUGUUGUUGCAUCCAAACCAGACAGAACCACAGUUGGUGAACUCGGUGUUGUUGUCUGGCAUCAUGAACUCCUUAUUUUUCUCCGACAUCCCGCCCGGAACGGUCUGCAGCGUCCCCGCCGGGUCGGGUGCGGUAACCAGCGCCCUGAGGAAUGACCUGGGCUCCAACAUCCAUGUGCUGAAGACCCUCAACCUGCGCUUCCGCUGCUUCCUCGCCAAAGUUCACGAACUAGAGAGGAGAAACAAACUGCUGGAGAGCCAGCUGCAGAAAGCUCUGCAGAGACCGCAACCACGCCACUUUUAUACCCGGGAAGUUGCAGUACAGACAGACGGUCCAGAGUCCAGACUGCCGGGCACCAUCUGGAGUUUCACCAGCGUCCGGAGGCAAGGGGAGCGCUUCGAGACCCUACACGGGCCCGGGGUGACGUGGACACAUCCGGAUGGAGUUGGGGUCCAAAUAGACACCAUAACACCGGAACUGAGGGCUCUGUAUAAUGUGUUGGCCAAAGUCAAGAGGGAGAGGGACGAGUACAGGAGAAAAUGGGAGGAGGAGCUGUCCAAACGAGAGCAGCUGGAGUCCACGGUGGAGUCCCUGCAGCAGAGCGCCCAGGAGUCAUCUGAGGUCCGGGCUGAGCUGAGCGAGAAGGUGGACCGGCUGAAGGCUGAGCUCGUGGUCUUUAAGAGUCUGAUGAGUGAUGAAAUGUCCGACCUGGACACACAGAUCCAGGAAAAGGCCCGGCGGGUGGACAUGGACAUCUGCAGGCGAAUCGACAUCACAGCCAAACUGUGUGACGUGGCUCAGCAACGCAACUCUGAGGACAUGUCCAAGAUGUUCAACGUCAGCCCGGCCAGAUCGCUGCCAGAGAGGGGCGCUGUGGCAUGCUGCAAAAGGAAAGAGCGUAAAGCCGUGUCAGAUGAGGAGAGUUCAGAGAUGGAUGCAGAGCCCAGCUCCACAGAGGAGGAGGUUCCCGGAUCACUUAACAUCACGGAUGAAAUGAAACGCAUGCUCAACCAGCUAAGUUGUUCAGAUAACUCCUUUGUUGCCAGGCGCGAGACGUUCGAAAUCGACGACGACUGCGACAGUCUGACAUGGGAGGAGAAUGAGGAGACUCUGCUGCUGUGGGAGGACUUCACCAACUACAACAUGCCGUACACCAUCGCUGCAACAACCUGCACCAACACCGGGCCCUGUGACAGCAAUGCUGAGGCCGCUGAUCCAGACUCCCAGGAUGGAAGUCUUGGCAGCCUCAUUGAUGAAACGGAGUCACUAUUUAAGACCAGAGAGCAGGAGUACCAAGAGACCAUCGGACAGAUCGAGAUGGAGUUGGCCACAGCAAAGAGCGACAUGAACCGACAUCUGCAUGAAUACAUGGAGAUGUGCAGCAUGAAGAGAGGCCUGGACGUGCAAAUGGAGACGUGUCGGCGGAUGAUUAAAGGUGGCAGGAACUCUCCGUCUUUUAGCUCUGUGGCCAGCAGCGACUCAGGGAACACAGACGAGAUCCAGGAUGAGAUUUCGGACAAGGAUGCAGACGCUGAAGUCCCUGUUAGUUGAUGGCUGUUUGGCCUCACUUUGUCCCUUCUCCUCUUGAACGCCCAUCGUCGUCACAAGGGUCUAAAAAGUAAAAGAGCUCCACCCUCCCCGAGAGGUGAAACAGUCUGAAUGUGGAUGGGCGACCGGUUGAAGUUCUGAUGGUCAUGCUCACUGAUGCAGGCCCAGAACUGGUGCUUUUAUACCUUUUCUGUUGUUUAAAAAAAGGUGGGGGGGCUUUUUUGCUUCAGUAAGAGAGAGAGUGAGAUAGGGUCUGAGCUGUGCUCUCUUCCUCACUGCUGCCUCACUGAUCCUCGUCCAGAGCUUCACAUCAUUUCACGGGAGAGAAAAAUAUUUUCAACUCGGCUGAGAAACACUUUGUACAAAUUCUUACCUUAAUGAUGUCCUUUUUGGUAAAGGAAUUAAAAUAGUACAUAUUGUGCUCCAUAUAAUAAUACACCUGUCAUUUUGCUUUACUUCUACAUAUUUGAUUUGAACGAGAGUCUGUGGUCCUCAGCUGGAACACGGUGUUGUUUGUGUUUGCAUCCAAAUUAAAGUGCUAAGGUUUUAAGUGUCUCCUGCCAGAGAGACAAAGCAAGUGGUGGAGACAGAUGGUGUUGGAGUUCUGGAGGUUUCUGAGGGAACUCUGCAGAGUUGCCAAAGUUGACGGAGGAAAGGAGCACAGCCUUUUGAUGCAUCAGUGCACUACUCAAGUUCUAUGCAAUUCAGCUGGCCUUAUUUUAUGGACUGGCUUUCACCCCUCCUCGUUUCUCUCUAAACAAAUAGCCUUUCAAGCAAAGCAGGUGUUUUCUACGUAUCAUUUUAAGAACUAUUCGUGUGUUUGAGUGUGGGAUAUGUUGGGUUUAUGGGACUUUUUUUUGUAUAUUAAAAGUAAAACUGGAACAGUGUCCCCUCAUUAAGGGAUUUCUAAUGUAUGUUUUGUAUGACUGUAAUCUUUAAAAUUUGCUUGACAUGCUUCUCUUUUGUACAUAAUUAUGUUCUUUAUUCCUGCAAUUUAAUUGUACAAAAAUUAAGACUUUAAUUUAAAAGGCUGCAAUCUAAUAGUUUUUAUAAAUAAUGAAAUUUGUGUUACAAAAGCCAAACAUUGCCCUCUUACAUCUAAAGAAAAACCAAAGGACACAUUUUCAAAAGCUUCUCUUUCACAUGAUCUUUCUAGAUUGAAAUCUUCUCUUAUUUUGGUACCUUGUUAUCAUGUGAUUUUAUUUUGUGCAGACCUGCGGAGGGGACUCUGUUCCAGAAACACUUCCUGCUUUGUCUCUUCAUAAACGGGGCUCAAAGUAUCAGAUUGUACAUAGAGGGCUGAAGGCAUGUCAUCUUAAACCCCAGAGGCCUUUUCUGUUCUGUGUUUUGCAACAAACUGAGACGUCUCACAAUUUCAGUGCUCUCACUGGAAAAAGCCUAAAAGCUGGAGGACGCAUGGGGACAGAAGUGAUCUUUUUAUCGCCUCUUUGUAUCAUAAUGUAUGUACGGUUUGCUGGAUCAAAGAUUAAGUGCUACUUCGAUCUUGAAGUUUUACAGAAGCCUAAUGUUAAAAAAUAAAACAGGCCUUUUGUUAUUUCAGCAUGUUUGUGUAGAGAAAAAGAGCUGUGGGUGUUUUUUAUAACAUUAUUUUUUUAACUAAAUAGCUGCAACGCAAAUACGCACCAUGUUUUUAACCCUAAGUGUUGAUCAUAAUCAAACAUUAAUUGUAUUUCCAGCAGAAAAUAUAUUUUUCACUGUCUUUUAAUCAUUAUAUGUUAACUACGAAUAUUGUUUUGUUUUUUUUUUGCCAUAAUUUGCUAUUAUUUUAUUUUGCAGAACUAUUAAACUUAUUUCCAGAAGUUUUGGUCUCUUAUUGACCAUAUCUGAUCACCCAUGAUAACAAAAACUAACAGAUAACUUUAGACAAGAGUGAGGUGUACUCUUACUCACUGACAGACUUUAUAUGAUUUUAUGUCUGUGUUGAUGUAAAACCAGCCUGAUAAGAAACAAAGAGCCAUUCUUUUAUUGGUACUGUACUUUGUAUUGACGACAUCAAAUGCUUUUUUAUUGAUUUUACGGCUGUGACAGAAAGAAACAGCAGGACUAAUAACACAUUUCGCUGUUUACCCUUAAGAUCCUUUGACUUCCUUAAAGCCUACGACAGUCUGACCAUCAUACCAACCAGCCAACCAAAGCAAGAGCAUACAGAAACAUGUCAGAGGUUACAGUUACUCCAAUACUGAGACCAAUAACAACAGUCAUUUUUCCUCUCCCAAACAGCAAUCUGCAUAGAAAUAUUAAAUAUAAUGGCUAAGAGAUUAGCCAUAGUCAUAACACCGAACUCUAAAUAGAGUUGGUAUUCUUCUCUUCCUUUUUCAAAUGUACUACAUCUGCCACUUGUUCUUGUCUUUAGAGCAGCAAAGCUGAUUUCAAGUAAAUUAAACAUAAAACAUUGUGGUGUGAGCAGAGUUUGAUAAACAGGAAUCAGAUUUUCCCAUCCCACACUUAUUUUAAGGCUUUGUUUCCUUUGAUGAUCAAAACUAGGGGAUGUAAUGAUCCACUGAUUAUCAGGGCCAAUACCAGGCAUUAGACUGAUUAAGUGUAUCAGCAUUUUACUCUACAGAUUGCCAAUGCAAUUAAGUGAACAUGUCCUGCUUUGGCUCUACUGCAAGGUUUGUCAUCCCAUCUGGCUCUGUCUUUACCGUCCACAGUCUCACCUAAUGUCCCACCAACAACACACAUAAUCAACACACAGUGAGUGUACGGCAUCACUUCCUGAUUUCCUCAUGUUACAUGUUGCUCUCGCGCUAACAGAGCUAGUGAUACAUUUUACUUAUCAGUCUCAUAAUAAGACUUAUAAUUGGUAUCUAAAUUAUCCAUGAAAAACUAAAACUGAUUGAUGAUACCUUAAAAUUAGGGCUGUCAAAAGAUCAAAAUUUUAAUUGAUCACAGAAUUUCUGUAGUUAAUCGCAAUUAACUCCAUCCUUUUUAUUGCAUUUUAAUAUUCUACUGUUCUGCAUUUUAAAACAGUUUUAGUGUCAUUUUGGAUUUUCUACUGUCUUAAACUAAGGACAGUUAACUUCCUGUUUGGAUACAGACCUGCUCUUAGAGGUAGAUCAAAUAUUAUAACAUGAACUUAACCGAGGAAAAAGGAAUUUGUUACGGAUUUAAAAAAUGAAAUAGCAGAUCAUUUAAAAGGUUUAAAUGACUUUUGGCUUGUCCACUGAGCUUUCUGUGAGUUUUUAAAGUGAAAUGAGACAUUAAGGAGCAUUGGUGGAUUAUUUAACAUCACUGUGACUGCAUGGAAACUGAAUUAACCACAGUGUGUUGAAAGGGAAAAUAAAGCAUUAAUCUUGAUAAAAUAAAUGAGUACACUUGUUUUAGAUCCUGAUUAAUUGUAAUUAACUCGAUUAAUCUUGACAGCCCUACUCAAAAAAAUGUAUACAAUUAUGGAAAAUUUCAACCAAUCUGACAAAUACAUAUAUUGUCAUCAAGAAGGUGUUAUCAGCUUAAUUAAAUGAUAAAGUCUAUUUCUAAAAGAAAACAAUUGUUUUAUUAAUAUCCCUACAACCUCAAAAUCAAAACAGUAUUACUUUAAUUUAAAGAAAACAAAGAUAAAUUGUUUUUUUCAUAUUAAUUGUUUGAGAAUUUAAAAAAUAUAUUUAUAAACUGGCAUAUCCUAUUCCACUGUAAAAAUUGGAAAACUUUAAAAUUUAGCUUAAAUUAUAUUGUGAACCUCGUAUCUUUAUACAAACAUAAAAGGAGUUAAAUGUAUCAUUACAUCUCUCCUCGAAACAGAGAAAACACAAUAAAGGCAGUCACUACUAAACAAGAGCCGCCAUAUCCUACAAGUACAGGGUAGACACGAUGUUCAAAAUAUUAUCAUAUCUAUUAUUGUGCUGGUUUCAGUACUUGGUUCUGGCUAAUACUUAAGGUAUAAGACCUGGGAAGCAUCAGGACAUCCUUAAAAUCAAGCCUUGAAUCCUCACAACUGGAACAUCUCAUCAGACAUGCUCUAAUUUCCAACAGUCCACUCAAUAAAACUGUAGAAAAUACUUCCUUAAUGAAUGUAGCUCGAUUGGAGGCCUACUCUAAAGACCUUACUCAUGAAAGCUUCCCUACAAUACAUAAAUGUAGCCGUUUAAAUCCAGGGAUAAAUGUGUGCUGUUAAUUAUCGGAGACCUUGGUAUUUUUCGCUUCAUUAAACGGGUUCUUACUUAAACCAACCCUUCGGUGUGUGACUUCUAUCUAUAUUAAUGAGGUCCUGGUGGAUGUGAGAGUGUUUCCUACUAAAAAGGUUUUAUAUGACUGGUUUUUAUCAGUGUCCACUGGGAUUAUGUAGUUUAUUUAAUUGUGGUGUCAACAUACAGUUUUACAUGUUUGCUGUUACAUGCCUUUAUUAUGUUUUAUGUAUAAACAUGGCAGAAGAGAGACGGUGCAGCAAUACUUGUGGCCAUAUUUGGGUUAAAUCUACUGAGCUGUAUUACAGGAAGCAUCCUGUUCAGUUUAAUUUUAAUGGUUCAUUUGUCUGCUUUAAUUUAAGGCUUUUUUCUCUUGAAGGUUUGCAAUUUGUGUUUAAACUAUGGAUGUGGGUCUGGGGAAGACUGUUUAAAGAAUAAUGAAUGUACUCUAUUGUUACUGGGGGAAAUGAAAUAAAAUGGUGAAUUGGA